UUAAAUUACUAUGAUUAGAAGGGACCUAACAAAAUUAGUUAAUAACAUGACUUAUAAGCAGUUUGUAGCAGGGCUGCCACUCACUUUUUUCAAAUUUCCCAAGAUGUGGUGAACAAAUUUCCCAAGAUUUCCCAAGAUCAUACAAAUAUAUAAGAGUUUUUUUUUUAAAGGGGGGUUUUCUAUGUAAUUAAUGUAAUAAUAGAUUGAAUCAAUGCCCCUGAAAAACAUGGUAUAUUAAUGGACUGAAAUUUAUUGAAAAAGACAUUUAAAACAUGUUUAUCACAUUAAAAAAAAAAAUUGUUUUUUAAAAAAAUUAUUUAUAAUCCAAAAUAUCAAUACCCACUGGAGUUAGGCUACUAAAUAUUACCUCCGAAUUCUCUGAUAAAAAUAUAAUCUACAAUACAUGUGUAAUAGAAGUCACUUGGAAAAAAAAAGCAUACAAGGCUAAUCAACACAGAAUUCCUUUUACAAAGGCAAAAGUUUCUUCAUCAAAAAAUGAUUUUUUAUUAUUGUAAAUCUGUUGAUUACAAGUGGGGUUUGCAAAGCAAUUAAGCAAAAUUUAUUAAUAAUAAUUGUAGUUAAAAUGGAUUGAUAUUACGAUGAAAACAAUAAGUGUUUUAUUUUUUCUUGUAAAAUUUACAUUAUAACGAUUUUUUCACCAAAAAAAAAAAAAUUUUAAAGGAAUUGUUCAUUUAUAAUCCUACAACGUAGGCCUAUACUGCCUAUACUAUUAAUAUCUUAGUUACCCGUGUUUCAAUCCACAAAUAUUUUUUCUAAUUGAUGAAAAUUAGGCUGGAUUUUUUACAGAUGCAUUAUAUUUUGAACACAUUGUAGAAGUAAUUGAAAUAAUAAAAUUCUACUAUGGCAUGGAUUCUUGAUUGAACACUAUCGUUCACUCUUUGGCUUGUACUGUUUUUCGUAUGGCUGCUAAUGUCUAAGAGCAUAAUGAUAAAGUUUCCGAGCCUACCCCCCCCCCAUUUAAUAAACAUUCAAAACCUGGAUGUAAUUUGUAAAUCUUCAAUUUUUUUUUUUUAAAGAGAAAAUUGAAUUUUUUUUUAAAAUUAUUAACUUUUUAAUAAUUCACAAUAUUAACUUUAAAAUCAGAAGAGUUUUUAUUUAUUUUAUGAGUGGAUUUAAAAAUUAAAACCAGAAAAGAAAAUGAAAACAAUUAAUUUUUUGCCUUGUUACUUUAAAAAUUAUUUUGCUUUAUUUUUACUUUAUUUUUUAUCAGAUAUUGUUGCGUUUUUUUCGAAAAAUAUAACAAAAUUUUCCCCCCAGUUAAGAUUUCCCAAGGUUUUGCAUGAUUUUCAAAAUUAUUCCCCAGAUCCCAAGGGGGGUCGUGAAUUCCCAAGAUCUUGGGAAAUUUCCCAAGGUGUGGUAGCCCUGGUUUGUAGCAGUCAAAUCAUACACAAAAAGGACAGGGAUCCUUCAAGUAAAUAUUUAAAAUGAUAGGCGUUUUUCAACGUUAUAAUCUUUAGAAGUUUAUUGUAGUUUUAACAAAUGUAACAGUAACAAUAUGUCAAGUCAAAAGCAGCGCAAAGCAACAGAAGAUGGUCGAAGUGUUAUGGACAAAAUUCGCACAAGCCUCUUUACAGGAACAACGGCAAAAUUGUUUGAAGAUGAUUAUUUUAUUUUUGAACUUAUAAAGGUGAAAUUUGCAAAGGCUAAACUAAAUAUUAUUCCUUAUUAUAAAUUAUUAUCACUUCUUAAUCAGAUUAAUCUGAAUCAGCAUACCAAUCCUUAAAUUGACUUAAACUGCAUUUGAUUGCAGCAAUAUUGACAAUAUUUACUUACAUUUACAUUCUAGUCUUAGCUACUACUACUACUACUACUACUAGUCCUAGUGUCACUGUUUAUUUUUUAAUUCAGAAUAAUUUAAUAAUAAUAAGAUGUAUUGUUUGCCGAAUGAGGUAUAACUGGAGGUAGUAAUACAAUACAAGUUGUAGUACAAGCCAACAAGUUAACAAGUACUGAUGUACUACGAGUACCUCUUAGUUUCAAAGUUUGAGUCAGACUUGAAUUAGAACUAGUACUAUUACUAUUAUUAUUAUAGACUAUUUAGAAGUAUUAAUCAAUUGAUAGUAUAUUAUAAUUAUAUUAAUUAAUUAAUGCAUUUUAAUUUAUGAUUAAUUAGCCCAACAUUCAUUAAUUAAUUUAAUUUGAUUAAGUCAUGAAAAAAGGACCAUGGACCAUGCAUAUAUUAUAUUAGUAUCUUGUAUUUUAUUUAUAUACCUGUAGAUUUUCAUUUUAAAACCACGUCCCCUAUGAGUAUGAGCCCUAUGUGUCAGUGUUAGUACAAAAUAUGAUUUUUUUUGCCACAAAAAAGUGGUAAAUGUGUUCCUAAAAAUAAUUCACCUAAGACGUAAAGCUUUUUAGAACCGAUUGUGAUUUGGAUCACACGAUAUAAUUAUAUAGAGAACUCUUCUGUGUUUAGUAAACAUUAUUCUUCUUAGAAUUAUGACAUUAGGACAGUAUUGUGUUAAUAUUAUUUAUAUAAGUAUCAUUAGGAUUUUUAUUAGACAUAAGGAUCUGAAUAAUUUGUUUAAACUCCUCCCCAUGCACACCUAAUAUCCAUCUCCUAAUACGAGCACUCAACCCCCCAAUACAUCAUUGGGUUGAAAAUUGAAUUUAUUUAGAUAUUCUUUACUGUUUAUUUGGGAUAAAGCUAAAGAAAAAAUACCAAAUGGUCUUUAAAUGGUUGAUAUCAGGGUUUGUGUAAAAUAUUUGAAAAUCUUCAUGAAUUCUAAUUGAAUGUCUUUAUAACAUGUUACACAAAUAAUUUUAAAUUUGUGUUAGGGAGAAAUAAUAACUUUGCUAAUUUUGUUUGCUGUAGAAGCAGGAGAAAGAGGAUGAUUCUGAGUUCUGAAGGGAUGAUUUUAUUUUUAUUUUUUUGAGUACUUUUCAUUUAUUAGAUAUAUAGAUGUUUUGGGGCAAGUCUGGACUGUGGUCCAGAGACCUUGGAAUAAAAAGAAUUCAUCUCAUAUUCAUUGCAUAUUAUUAUAUUCAAUUUUUCAUUGCAUAUUAUUAUAUUCAAUUUUAGCUUCUAUAUGAUGACUCAUUGGAUGUGCACACUAAAGUAGAGAUAUUAACAAUUAUUGAACAACAUGCUUGCGGAGCUCUUCCAACAAAUAGGUAAAUUAUUUUCUUAAAAAUUCUCUUCAUAGAAGGCUAUAAAUAUUGCUAUUGUAAGACUAUUUGUAAUUUACAGAAGUGAGACUUGGUCCUUUACCAGAAUAGCAGAGACUCUGCUCAACACAAGGGAAAGAUAAAAUACUCAGGAAAAUAUAUGGUAUGGUGAUAGACAAUGAUGGAUGGAGAAUCCGUAACAAACCAAGUGAUAUAUCAAUUGUACAAAGACUCAUCCAUAGUCGUAACAGUAAAAAAGGGCUGACAACGCUGGACAGGACACAUUGAGAGGAUACCGGAUUGUAGAGCAGCAAAAGUGUUCUACAGGCAGAAACCUAGGGGCAGACAGCUCACUUGUUGACCAAGACUGAGAUGGAUUGACAAUUUAGAGAAGGACUUACACCAGCUGGGGGUUCGCACAUGGAGGCCUAAAGCCAUGGAUCAAUCCCAAUUGAAGGAUGUGGUGGAGCAGGCAACACUGAUAAUAAUGUAAUAUUUUCUUAAAGCCAUCAUUUAUACCAUAUUUCAAAAGAUGUUUUUUUUAAAGAGACUAAAAUUAAAUGACAAUUUUAAACAAGUUUUUUUUAUAGAUGUUAUACAGAAAUCUUCAAUGAUAGUAACGUUGUUAAUUCUCUAUUUUUUCUAAUUAUGUAGUUAAGUGGCAAAAAUUAAAAACAUUUUUUUUUUUACUAAUCUAGCAUUGAUCAGGUUGUGACUGCAUUGGUGGCUAUAUUUCAAGGGCUUGUUACCAGUUCAUCUUCUUUUGCAAUAGCCACUCAGCUCCUGAUCACUGUCACCACAGUUUUUGUUUCCAAUGAAGAGUUGAUGGUAGGCUACUUUAAAGCAGAACAUAUAUUUUGUAUAUUUUGUAUUUAGUUUUUAGAUGCUUAAUUAUUAGCUUUACUUAGUUACAAAAUAGUUUAUUUAAUCAAGUUACAAAAUGUAUGUAUUAGUAGACAAGAGAAAAACGUAUUAUGCUCAUACUGCUUUUUGGUGUUUUAUUUUCAAUACUGUGUUAACAAACAGCAAUAACAAUUGUACACAUUAAAGUAAACGUUAAGACUCACAGGAGGCUAUUUUGAAAAAAUGGAGUAGACAUCUCAAAAUAUUAUAUUUAUAUGUUCUGACUCUUUAAUUAAAGAGUGAUAUUUUAUCUUGAUUGUUGCAAAGGUUUGUACAAUAACAGUUGGAAAGUUUUGAUCAUUUUCUCUAACUAAAAUUUUAUUAUCUGUCUUAUUUUCAGCAUUCUGAACUCUGCACAAAUUUUGUGAAUCAGCUGACAGCACUUGUGACAAAGAUUAACAAUGUUUCCACCAGAAGGUUAAGGGCUUGCUGUUGUCAAUGCCUUGCCCAGUUAGUCAUGUGGAAACCAGUGAGCAUACAGCUUUGUGUUUAUCAAUUUUUAGUGCAUUAAAAAUAAAUUGUGAUAGCCAUUUAUUUGUUAGAAUCUUGUUAACUGUAUCAUCUUUUCUUAGAGAAAAAUUUUUAUGUGUAAAUUCAGUAUGAAACAGCAUAAAAAUAUGACAAGUAACUACUAAAAGCAUGAACAUAUUUGUUAUCAUUAAUAAAUAAUUUUAAUUGAAGUAAAUAGUUUAAAAAACCUUGGUAGGUUAUAUCAAGUUAACUGAUAAUCAAUAGGGCUUGUUAUGGAGGUGGAGAGAUGUUUUAGCCAAGCUUAUGAAGGAUGAAAAAACUGAUAUUUGUCAAGACUACAUGCAUUUGCUUAUAUCAAUCAUCAGCAAUCCUGAUCCGUAAGUUCAAAUGUGAAUGUGUUAAUAUCACUACCAACAGCAUUUAUAUUUGCUUUAGAUUGCAUAUUAUAUUGUCUUUUAAAUUAUAAUUCAUCUAUAUCAGGGGUCUCCAAACUUUUCAGCCCAAGGGCAGUAUUAACUAUCAAACAGCAGCUCGGGGGCCGAAUACACACUCGAGGUCCAAAUAAAAAAGAAUCAAAACAUGGAUGUUGUUUUAAAUCAUUUAUGUAUUAUUAUUUCAUUCAGUUAUUAUUCAAUAACACAUCGAUACACGACACAUGAACACCUGUAUUAGUGGGAAUGGUGAAAUAGUUUCCUGGAUGCCAAAAUAGCAGUGAUUAGCAGACAUUUCUGGAUUUAGAUUUGAUAUCCUUAACAUCAAGACUGACCUGAGAUGAUCAUCUGACAAAUUUUUUCUCAAAUUGUUCUUCACUUAUUUCGUUCUUGAAAAUGUUUGUUCACACAGCCUUGUUGUUCCAAAUUUUUGAAAGGUACAUUGAUGCAAAAGUUUUGACAUUAGGAAAGUCUUCCUUGGGCGAAAAGUAGUUAAAAACCCACCGGUCCGUUCUUUUAAUUUUAACUUGUCCCUAAGGAGGUCAUUUGCUUGCAACUCAAUGACCUCCAGGUGCAGUUCAUCUCGGCGACUGGCCACAUCUGCUUCAAAUAGGUUUUGAAAAAGUUUCACUUCUUCUGCCUUGAAUCAAAGUCAGAAAACCACUGCUUACACUGCAGCUGGCGAUCUUUGAUGAUAUCGCAUACAAAUGACGUGGGGAACUCCGCUGUUGCUUCAGCCAUUAAGACCGUCCCCUAUUGAAAGUGUGUCAAGUUUUUGGCCUGUACUUGUUCCAAAAAACAAGACGAAAUUGGAUCUGAAGGCCUUUAGGUGGGUGUAUAGAUCAGAAACUAGAUUUUCCUCUCCUUGUAGUUUUAGGUUCAGAAAAUUUAAAUGACUAGUUAUGUCUGCAGCAAAGACCGAUUUCCAUAACCACUCUUCAUCAGACACUAAUGGCUUACUUAAAGUCUCUGCUCAGAACUUUCUCACGACUUAGCCAUCUUACUACUGUGUAAUAUGGUAUAUCUUGCGAUUCUGUGUCUGUAUCUUUUAACAUGUCUCUGAAGUGUCUAUGGUUGAGCCCAUGUGACCUUAUUAAAUUAACCCUCGUCAGCACAGGAUUCAGUAAGCUGCUAAUGUCCACAUAUUUUGCACACAAAGCUUUCUGCUGAUUAAUACAGUGCAGGAACAUUGGUUGCAGGAAUGGUUUUCUCUUUACACAUCUGCUUCACUUGUCAAAACAAGCCUCUCUUUAUGCCACUCAUGUUCUUUCCUCCAUCAACAGUCAGGCAACUGAGGUUAGUCCGGUCCAAGUUAUGAUCAGCAAAUGUUUUUUUCAACUCAUUGAUAUAUCUUCUCCGGUAACAGUGUCGUCCAUGCUAUGUCGGGAAGCCAGCUCUUGUGUUAGUUUCAUGUCUUCAUCCACACCUCUAACGAACAAAAGCAGUUGAGCGGUGGAACAGCCGCCCAGCGAUUCAUCCAUUGCAAUUAAAAAUUGGCGAAACUAUCUUGCAUUUUUCGCUAUUCGAGUCACAAUGUUUUCACCCAUGUCUGCAACAUGGCGGGCAAAGCUCCGCCACUAUAUGGCCUUUUAUUGUCUCAUUGACUGUGAACAGAAGUAGAAAAACUAAGCAGCGAAUAAGGUUUUGCCAAGUCAUGAUCGGUUAGAAGACAUAACGCACUACUACGCGCCUCUAUUUUAAUGCGGUAAAAACAUAACGUCCACGUAAGCGGCAUCUGAUCUUCUCAGGAUACAUGUAAAUUUCCGUAAUAUUUUCCGAAGACAAAAAUGUCUCAGCAUGAGAGGGCCUCGCGGGCCGCAUGUGGCCAACGGGCCGUAGUUUGGAGACCCCUGAUCUAUAUUAUUAUGCAGUAUAUUUUGUUAAAAAAAUUAUUAGUAAUUUUAUCAUGUAAUUUUACGUGCUAUAUCAAACAUUUGUAUAUAUUUGUGUAAAUUAAAUUAUUGUGCAUUAUGUAACUCUUUUAUAUUUGCCUAAACAUUGGUGUGCAUUAUUUGCUGAUAUUAAUGUUAAAAAUUUUUCCUCUGUUUCCUUUGAUCUGCAACUGGAAUUGCUGUAUAGUCUAUUUUUAAUAAAAAUCCAGUUUUAUUUUAAAAUGUUAAUUGUUUACAAAUAUUAUUAAACACUAGUAAAUUAAAUUAUUUUCUAUUAUUUUUCUACAGAAUGGAAAUAUCUGAACAGACCCGGGUAGGAGAACAAAUGGAUAAAAAGGUGCACAAGUUUUAUGUAAUUUUUUUUAAAACCAAAAUAAAAUUAUUUAAUUUUUUUUUUAAAAUUAACAACCUUUGCUUUUGAAUUAAAAAUUGUAAUUUAACAGUGUAUGUUGGUUAUUACAGUAUUAGUGAAAUUCUAUGACAUGUGUUCAUACAGUAUUAGUGAAAUUCUAUGACUUGUGUUCAUACAGUAUUACUGAAAUUCUUUGUCUUAUAUUCAUGGUGUUAGUGAAAUUCUAUGACUUGUAUUCAUCUACUACAGUUAUAACCUGAUGUUCUUAAUCAAAUUAAAUUAUUGCUAUCCUAAAAUCCAAGCUUGCUGCAAUGACUGGAACACCAAGAGAAGGAAAAGACAUUUUGCCUGCUGUGUCCCAUAUUAUGGACAAUAUGUUAUUGUUAACACCUCCUGGACUGACAACAGUGACCUGCUCCAUUGCCAAGAUCAUCAAAACUGUUCAAGACAUACCUCCCACAGUAAGUGCUUUGGUCAUUUAUAAUUUAAUAGAAUUUUUCAAAUAAUUAGUGGCCUUUUAUGAAACUUUAUUUAAACUACAAAUUAAUGUCUUGACCCCCCCCCCCCCCCCUUUAUUCUCCUACUUACAUCAUUUCUUGAAUGAAUGAAAAUGUAUUGGUUCUUCUCUUCCUAAUUGAUAAAUUUGUAAUCAUCGAUCUUAUUACUGUUCAUUAUCCAUGUGUAUUAUUUUAUUUACCUACGUUUUUGUGGUCUUCUGGGUUUUUUUUAAUAGCUAAUGUUGACCUUGCUAUACAUAUCACAGAUAUUUAAGCCUCUGAUGCUGCAGUUUUUGUCAUCGAUGGAUCCAAUGAUAAUUUAUUUGAUGUUGCAUAUACAGGUAAGUAGCUUCAUUUUUAAAAAGUCAUGUCUUUUUUUUUUUUUUAGUGGUGGGCCAAUACUAAGGAUAGAGUGUGUUGUUUAUAAAAAGGAAUAAUAUAUAUGGCAUCCUUCCGUCAACGCGAGACGAUGGAGUAGCUAUAUAGUUCUACACUAUUCAUUUUUAAAAAGUUAUGUUUUUUUUUUUUUUUAGUGGUGGGCUAAUACUAAGGAUAGAGUGUGUUGUUUAUAAAAAGGAAUAAUAUAUAUGGCAUCCUUCCGUCAACGCGAGACGAUGGAGUAGCUAUAUAGUUCUACACUUUGACGAGUGGCUCACUAGCCCAAUCCUUGAAUGGCAAUCACGGCCGCAUCUCUCACAUGAGAAUGUUGAAACCCGGUAAAUUCUUGAUUUUCGAAUUGUUCUUUUUGAUUCGAGGGCCUCGUUUCGAGUAACUUCUGCCUUUCUCACUCCUCCAAGCACUGCUGUACGCCAGUUGGAGCGAUGUUCGGCAAUGGUCUCCCAUUCAUUUAUUUCAAUAUUGACUUCCCUCAUGCUUCGUUUGCAAACGUCAAUAAAUCUCAGGCGCGGUCGUCCAAUAUGUCUUGUCCCCUCUGCCAACUCUCCAUACAGCAGAAUCCUUGGGAUAUGUCCUUCCUCCAUUCUCCGUACAUGACCUAACCAGCGAAGGCGUCUCUUGAUAAGAAAGGAGAAUAUGUUAAACAUGUGUGCACGUUCCAAGACCUCCACGUUAGGCACCCUGUCCUGCCGACGAAUGCGCAAAAUGUGACGCAGACAUCUUUGAUGGAAGCUGUUGAGUUUCCGCUCCUGACUGGUGUAUGUGGUCCACACUUCGCUACCAUAUAGGAGCGUACUAAGCACGCAUGCCUGAUAGACACUAAUUUUUGUUUUAUCAGUUAGAUUGAGAUUAUUCCACACCCGCUUAUUCAGUUUAGCCAUAGUUGCUGUUGCUUUUGCAAUCCUGAUAUUGAUCUCUUCAUCAAAGGAGAGAGAACUAGAAAUAUUGGAUCCCAGGUAUAUGAAAUGAUCAACAACCGAAAGAUUAUGACCCUCAAUAGAUAUGGUUGGAGGUGACGGUGCUUCUUGCAUCAUUACCUGAGUUUUCUGUAGACUAAUCGAAAGACCAAACUCCUUACAAGGAUGUGAUAGGCGAUUAACCAGCCCCUGCAGACCUUCUUCUGUGUGAGAUGUUAAGGCGGCAUCGUCAGCAAACAGCAGUUCACGAAUCAGCACCUUUUUUACUUUGGUCUGUGCACGAAGGCGGGCGAUAUUGAACAGUCUUCCAUCAGAUCUUGUGUGGACGUACACUCCAUCUUCACAGUCACUGAAAGCUAAUUGAAGGAGCAUCGAAAAGAAAAUUGAAAAGAGCGUUGGUGCCAGUACACAACCCUGUUUUACUCCACUGCUAACUGGAAAUAACUCAGAGACAGUGCCAUUGAAAGUUACUGUGCUGUGCAUGUUUUUGUGAAAUGACUGUAUUAUUGUGAGCAGUCGUGGGGGACAACCUAUUCUUUGCAGGAUACUGAAAAGGCCACUACGACUUACCAAGUCAAAUGCCUUGGUCAGGUCUAUGAAGGCAAUAUAAAGAGGCAUAUGCUGUUUGCGACAUUUCUCCUGCAUUUGGCGUAGCGAAAAUAUCAUGUCUAUUGUUGAGCGCCCACUCCUGAAACCACACUGGGACUCUGGGUAGAUGCGGUUCGCAAGGCUCUGCAAUCGCUUAAGGGCAACUCUUACGGUUCUAGCAUACAAUGUAUGAUUUUGAGGCAUUUUUAAAGACAGUAUGCAAAGACCUGUCACAACUACGAUUUUAAGAAACUGGGCUGAUUAUAUAUACAUUUUGGGGGAUUUUCCAAUAAAAAAAAAAAUUAAACGGUACAUUUUGGGUUAUUAGUUUUAACCUACUUUCUACAUCCAGCAGUGAAUGGAUCGAGAAAUUGAUUUGUUAGGGGCCAUAUAUUACAUUUACCCCGAGAGAGGAAGGCAGUGGUUUUGAUAUAGGAAUUACCGUAUUCGUCUUAGUGACCAUUUUAGUCAAUCCUUGCUUUUUUUUCUUUCCUGCUGUAUGAUGUAAUUCUGUAAUAUAGUUAUUUUGUUCGGUCUGUGCGUUCACUCAAUAUAAGGUAAUAUCUAUAGCAAAUACACGUCUGCAAAACAAAGUGACUUCAGAUUGCAAUAUAAUCGUCAGUCAUCUACUUUUUGAAGUUACCUUUUUUUGACGCCAGCUUAACUCGAUCCCAAUAGACUCGCGAUGCGAGUAGUUCUUGUAUACAUUAUAUAUACUGCAUGUAUACUUAUUUACUAUUAAGAUACUGCAUUAUAUUAUUUUGUAUUAAUAAGACACGAACAAAUUGUGUCAAUAGAACAAUAUGAGUUAGCUUUAAUAAUAAUUGUACAUUAUACAGAAUUAAACGUUUCGGCACAUGCCUUCAUCAGUACAAACAAACACAACACAUUUAAAUAAGUAUAAAUUAAAUUUACAUAAUGUCAAUAUAUAUAUCCUACCUAAAACAGAAAAAAUAUUUAAAAAAAAUAUAGGAGAGGGCGCUUAAACCUGACAAAAACAAAGUAAAGAGAUGUAGAACAUCUUUGGAGAGAACACUACCAAGGUCCUUUCCCAGAAUACUACAGAAGAUACAUUGAUGAUUGUAUAGGGAUUACUAAUAUGGACAUAACAGAACUAGAAAGUUUUAUUUACUUCAUUGGAAAUUUUCAUCCAACAAUUAAAUUCACUUCAAUGAUCCAUAAAAGCACCAUCAAUUUUUUGGACUUACGAAUUAACCUUCAUGAGAACAAAAUAUCUACGUCCAUUUUUUAUAAACAAACAGACAGUCAUAGCUUCUUGUUAUAUUCAUCAUCCCACCCUCAAUGGUGUAAAAACUCCAUCCCAUUUUCUCAGUUGCUGAGACUCAGAAGACUAUGUAGUAAUGAAGAAGAUUUUGGAGAAAGAAUGUCUGAAAUGUUGGAUUUUUUCCGACGCAGAUUAUACCCCGAAGAAAUUUUAAAAGCAGCUGUCACUCGAGUUAAAGGUAUGACUAGACAGGCUUCUUUUAAAGCUACUCAUUCUGACACUAGCGAUAGGUCUAAAUUUAUCUUAACUUUUCAUCCCCACAACCUAAAAGCUCGCUCUCUGGUUCUUAAAAACCGCUCCAUUCUUAUGGCGGACCCUGUCACAAAUGCGAUUUUUAGAAAACCUCCUCUUUUCGCUUUCCGGCGGGACAAGAGCCUUAGGGACAUGCUAGUUAGAAGCCACCUCCCUGCUAUUAAAGCAUAUAAAGGCACAAAAUGUUGCAACCGUAGCCGUUGCAACUCAUGUCCCUAUGUGAUCGAAACUGAUACGAUCACUUUCCCUCUGGGAGUAUUCAGAAUAAAAGAUGGCUUUACCUGCACAAGUCGCAACGUGAUUUACACCAUCAUUUGCAAAAAGUGCGGUAAACUAUACAUAGGAGAGACAGGUCGUCGCCUUGGGGACCGUUUCAGAGAGCACCUCUAUAACAUAAAUAAACACGCUCUCUGUCCGGUCUCCAAACAUUUCAAUAGCCCUAACCAUAAUGGUAUCUCAGAUAUUGUAGUUACUGGUAUACUCUAUACUAGUAACACUGCAGAUAGAAUCUAUAUGGAGAACAAAUUAAUAACUAGAUUUGGUACGUUGUCUCCAUAUGGAUUGAACCAAAUCCAUAGUUUUACUUAGCUGCCAUGUCUUUUUCCUGUUUGGUUUUUCCAAUUAUGUUUGAAUCACUUCCUUUCUACAUCUCUUUACUUUGUUUUUGUCAGGUUUAAGCGCCCUCUCCUAUAUUUUUUUAAAAUAUUUUUUCUGUUUUAGGUAGGAUAUAUAUAUUGACAUUAUGUAAAUUUAAUUUAUACUUAUUUAAAUGUGUUGUGUUUGUUUGUACUGAUGAAGGCAUGUGCCGAAACGUUUAAUUCUGUAUAAUGUACAAUUAUUAUUAAAGCUAACUCAUAUUGUUCUAUUGACACAAUUUGUUCGUGUCUUAUUAAUAUAUUUUAAAGCUUUAUUGCAGUCCAACACUUUUUAUAUUAUUUUGAGAUGAUAUUGUACAAUUUUAGAAAUUUAACAGGUCUGUCUUUUGCAUGUUGUUUCUUUUUUAUUGUAAUGAACUUAGAUGUUUUAAUUUGAUAUAGAAAUGCUAUAUAAAAUAUUAAUCUAUUAUUCUGCUGUUUACAACAGAAAAAAAAGUGUUUGAAAUCAGAUUUUAUAUUUUGUAUAGUAUUUUUUUAAUAGAAGUGUUGUUUCUCUCCCAGAAAGAAUUUAGAGGCUCUAUUCUCUCAACUAGUGAAGAAAGACUUGUAUUAAAACGUGCCUUGGAAUGUGUCAAUCUUCCCACCAUUGGACCAUAUACUCGUCUAAUCAUUUGCCAGCUGAUUUUAUCAUAUCUUCAGGACGUAAGAAAUUUUCAUACAAAUUUUUCACAUCUUUCUUUAUUCACCAAUUACAAUUUUCAUUUGCCCAUUAAAUGUGCUGUAUUCAAUUUAUGAUUCUAAAUUUGAUAAAAUCCUUCUCAUUAGCUGCCUCAAAUACUUAUGAAAUAAGUUUGGUCACUCCUUCACAACAGGAGUGCAAUUUUUUAGCUUUUUGAUCACACAUAUUGAUGUGAUCAAUAUUCAUUGAAUCAUUGAUUGAAUCAUGAGUCUCAUAAGGAUUAGGAUUUGUAGAUUUUUAUGUUAUUUGAGUUUUAAAAAAAUUAAUAUUAUUCAUACACACUGUUUGUUAUAUUGUAUUCAGUUGUAUUGUUACAUUUCAGGAACAAACUAAAUCUGUUGCUGAUGUCAUGAUGAGAGACAUGCUGCCUGUAGUAUUUGAUCCACUAGACUUACACACUUGCAAACUGGGACUCAUCAGCCAUUGUGUCAGUCCUGAGUAUCAAGGUGGUACAAGUGACGAAUUAUCUAAAAAUGUUUACAAACUGAUGUACAUUUUGAGUAAAAAAUAUUCAACUAAAAUACAGAAACACAGAAAACUACUAAUAUUAUUUCAUUGAAUAAAAUAUAUAAUAAUAUGACGGUAAACUGUUGAUUUUAAAAUUAUUAUUAUUAUCGUACAUGACAUUUAGCAUUGGCAUACAACUAUUUCGACCCCCUUCGAACAAUCCAAGUAAAAUCUAGAUAUGUAUGGUAUAAUCACUGCCUGAUUAAAUUAAAGGGAGGCACUUGUCUAGGCACAAAGAAUCCUCAUCUUUUAAUUGAUGUAAGAAGUCUAAAUAUCUAUUCAAAGCAAUUUGUAGAAGGGGAGAAGAAAAAGAGUAAUUGAAAUAAAAUAUGCCGCUUUUACUUUUCAUGGCCAUCAUAUAUAACAAAGUUUUUAUUUAAAUUCAGAAUACUGGUAACUGAUAUGCAGGGGUGUAGUAAUGGGGUUGUGGAGGGGGGGGGCACCUCAGGGGGCACUUUUUUUCUUUGUUAUGAGGGGCUGCAUUUUCUGCCAGCUGAUGAGAUUUUCUCAUUGAUAGGUGAAAAUAAAAAGCUUGAUCCACAUCGGGCCGCAGCAAUCCUAGCAUUGCUACUGCUGCUUGUACACCAAAAUACAAUUUUUCAAGAGGGAGGUGGCCCAAAAUUUUGACUGCCAAGGGGCUCCAUGUCUUAAUCUGGCACUGGUUAUAUGCAGUGACCAGACUCAGAUAAUUUGAUCUGCAAACUUGUUAAUUGAAAUAUAUCAUAGGAUACACACCUGCAAAGAUUUGAGUAUGGAAAUGACCUUCCCAUUUUAAAAAAAUUAUCGCCUUAUCUUGAUAAAUCAUUGAUUAUUCUUGUACAAUUUAUGCUGUAAAAUAAGAAACCAUAUGUGCAUAAGUAUAAGGUAAAAUAAUAUUUUUCUGUGCACUGACUGCUUUAACACAACCUUUCUAUGGGAGUAUACAGCUAUCCAAAACAGGUCAAUGCUAAACACCCUGGUGCCAAUUAAUUCAGAUAAGCGAUGCUCUACUUUAAAUACUUUAAAUAUUCAUAUAUUCUCCUGAUUUUUCAAAAUAGAUCUCUCACGAGACUUUCACUACCUAACCCAACUGGCUGAGACAACAGGUGGUGCUCGUGUCUCAAGGGCCUUGUUUCAUAUUUUGUACUUGCAUGUUACUGGAAGAAAUUCAGAGACAGUACAUAAUCAUAUUUUGAGGUGAAAAUGUUUGCCUUAGAUGAUAAAUUUAAAUUAAUCAUUAUGCUAACUUCACCAUGGCUCACUUUUGUAAUUAGAUAAAUUUUAAUCCAUACAAUAAUUAAACAAUUAAUUUUCCUAUUAAAAUAUUGAUACUGUAAUGGAUUGCAUUUUACUCUGGGUCUAACUUAGGGUACACAGUUUUCAAAGCAAAUCAAAGUAUGAAGUAUUUAAGUAUAUAUUUGUUUCAUCAACUUAUCUUCAAAUUUUUUUUCUGAUAGAUUGUUAUCCUAAUAAUAUUUUAAAAGUACUUUUAUAUCCUGCUGUUAUUAAAUUUAUGCCCUUCAUCUAAAGCAAUGUUUCUUAACCUGGGUUCGAUCAAACCCCAAGGGUUCGGUGAGUCAGUCUCAGGGGUUCGGUGGAGGUCCAAAAAAAAUCAGAAAAAAAAAUCAUAUUUUAUUGUUCCUGAUAAGAAGGGUUCGAUGAAUGCGCAUUUGAAACUGGUGGGGUUCGGGACCUCCAAAAAGGUUAAGAAUCACUGAUCUCAUCAUUAAACAUGCAAAAUUUAAAAAAAACUUUUUUACAACAAUUUUAGAAUCACAAAGAAACUUUUUCAAAACUUUCCUCAUCGAAUCCCUAUGAUUGUGGAUUUCUUACGAGCGGUUAAAUCACACCAACCUCAUUCGUAAGUAUUUAUUGCUUUGCAUUACAUUAUAUUAUAUUUGAACUUAUCAGUUCAAUAUAAGGACUAUCUUGUCUUAUAUAAAAACAGUAAAUGGUACAAUAUUUUUAAUUGAGUUGAAGAGAUUAUGUUUAAAUUAUUUUAAAGGCUGGUGAAUCUUCACUGAUGUGUCUAUGUUCCCUGUUCUGUUCUUUUUAUCACACAUAUGAAUAAUAUAAAUGAUAAGAAAUUAAUUUUCAGUGAGCUUCACAAGGAAAUUCUGAGUCUCCUCCAUGACACAGUUCUCUCCCUGCCUAUCAACACACUAUUAGGAAAUUACCAAAGUUAUCUUCAGUUGUUGGUGCUGUCAGCACAAGAUAAGUCCAUGAUGCAACAAGUCAGUAUAUCUCUUUAUUCAGUCUUAAAUUACCAUCUCUGAGGUAUUUUAAAAUGUUGUAAAUAUUCAAAUAAAUGUCAUUUUUUCCACGAGGCGUUCACUGCCUCUCAGACACUGUUGCUUUAAAAAAAUUGAAUGAAUUCCUAAGCACAUUGCUUAUAUCUUAUUUUUACCACAAAACACAUUCCUAUAUUAUUUCUAUGAAAAGUGGUGGCUUGAUUUUCACUUAUGAGAUGAUUAAUGUCCAGUUAAUAUUUUUGGGUAUCUGGCCCGCUGGCUGUAGUUUGAGGACCUCUGAUUUAGAUACAGAAAUACAUAAACUACUUGUAAGGUUAUGUAACAAACCAAAUACAAAUCAUAUUUACACUGGGGUGUAAAACGAUUAAUUAAACACUUUGAAAAAAACUAAGCCUUAUGGUUAAUAUUUGUAAUGUUGAUGGUAUUCAUGUGAAAAAAAACUAAGCCUUAUGGUUAAUAUUUGUAAUGUUGAUGACAUUCAUGUGUCACCCUCAUCUCUAUUAUCAUGGAGAUGAAUAAUGUAUAUUUGCUAUUAUUACUUCAUAAAUUUCAAUUGAAUUAUAAUGAAACUUGCUUCUAAUUGAUUUAAAAAGAGACAUAGUAAAAGAGAGAAAUUUAAAAGAAAUUAAAAUAUUUUCAUAUUCAGUAAACUCAAGUUAGACAAAUGUCAAGAAACAUAGUAAAACUAGAAAACUCCCUUAAACAUUUAACUGUAUAAUUAAUUAUUGGUCUUGCUUUAAUUUGUAUAUUUUAACAAUUUUAUUUUAUCCACUAUCUCUAAAUUUCUAUGUUUGGUCAAAUGAUAAACCUUAGUGUUCAUUUGUGUACUCACAAGAUAAAAAUGUUUUUAAAAAAAUUGUAUGAAAUUAAAGGUCUGCAACAAGUAUUAUUGUGAUUCAUUUAUGGGCUGACAAGGAAACUAUUUUAAUUUCAAGAAACCAUUGAGGAGAUUGUUAGAGCUGGUGGAGGAGGCGAAGGUUAAGGACUUAGAUGACUGGGCAUUGGGCUGUCUGGUGUUGAGCAUCUGUAGGACAAUGAUGUUACACCACCACACAGACAUCUUGUAUUCACGUAAGUCAUCUUAAUAUGUUCAAAUCGUCUUCUUAUGUAGUUUGUAAAAUCAUUAGUUCCCUCACAUACAUAUAUGUGGAUCAAUAUUUUGACUUCAAUCGAUUUUAUUGUACUGGUCAAUAUAUAAUUUUUUUUUUAUCUCCUAAUUAAAAUGACCCACAUAUUCCUUUCAUCUUCCAUCCUUAGUUUUGAGAGCUAUAAUUUUUUUCUUUCAAUAUAUUAAUCUAUGAGAUUUAGUCGCUAGCAACUUGUUAACAAUAUUUUAUGUUGCAUGUUUGCCUCAGCUAAUGAAUGUCUUAUUUAUUUUUGACAUAAUUCAGUAAAAGCUCUUGAAAAUGUAUUUGUUCUCACAGCAAUGGGUGACCUACUUUUUGUUAUGAUGAACACUUUUGGUGAUUCUGACAUCAUGGAUCAUGCCAGGUUUUACUAUGCUUUGUUAACCUUGAAUAGUGAUGCCAAGGUUAGUACAAAAAUACCAAAGGCAGGAGAGCCAGGGGGUUGUUUUUAUGUUUGCUUUUUAAGUUUACAAUUUGCUUAAAACUAUUUUUGAAUGUUGAAUUUUAAAGAUUUAUGAUAUUUUUUUUUUUACAAUUGUUAGUAAAAUAAUUUUUUUUUCUCAUUUCUCUUUUCUAAAUUUUGAACAGGCGAAAGAAACCAUUGGAGCGGCUUUAUUUGAGGGAUUGCGUUUGGGGGAGAAUAUUGCUGAUUUUUUCCCUGGUAAGUCUAAAGCUUUCUAGUCUAAAAAUGGUUCUGUUAAAUGUUUCUGUGAUUAUUAUCCAAGUACGGGAAAAUGUUGACAUUGAUUCCUAAAUAUUGCCUUUAUAAUAGUCAAGUCUGGUAAUAUUAUACACCCAAAGAUGUAAACAAAAUUAUUAUUAUUUCUUGAUACAGGAUGGCAAUUUUCUUGUUAUCAGUUUUAGAUUUAAACUACAGCUAAAUUUGAGUUCCAGUUAUAUAAAUAAUAAAUGAUAGCAAAUUGAUUAAGUAAGAAUGCCUCUUAGCACAUUUGAUUAAGUUUGUGUUGCCUUUAUUCUCUGUGUAGGAUCUGUCAUCCAGACUGCACCUGCUGAAAUUGUUGUUUUAGAUUUACCACCCAUCACCUGGACCAGGUAAAAUAAGGAUUAUAAUGUGGUAUUUUUAUAUUUUAAAUAAUUGUUUGUGGUGCAAUAAUACACCAAUAGAAUCAUAUGUUCUCAAACUAUAAUGGUAUGACAUCAUUAGACUGUCUUGAUGAAAGAAGAAACUCCUACUCCUAUUUGGUAUUUAAUUUAUAUUAAUUUUACAGAGAUUCCAUAGACGUUGAGUAUGAAUUGACUCAUGACAAGAUGGAUUUUGAUUUUCCUCUGCCUGUCACAGGUAAUGUUCAGUGACUACUUCAUUUUAUACCACAGUCUGUCAUUUAAAGAAGGAUAUACAGAUUAAAGUGUCAUUUCGGUGUUUAUAGUUGAAGAGAAGUCAGCAUUGGCUUAACUCUCACUUAGGAACAACAUAACCAUGAAAACAAGACAAGUUGAAAAUGGGUUCUCUUAGAAGUAGACACAAUGUUUUAUUAUGUGAAUGGAGUUAAUGUUUAAUUUAUGCAUUAUUUACAUUCUUUUAAUUCUCUAAAAUGACUGAAAGAAGUGGGUAAAGGAAUAAAUCAACAAAUUAUGUUUAUUAAGCUAAAUUUUUACAUGUUUAUGGAAAAUUUUGUAUUUUUUUUCCUUCUAAAUUUCUCUUCUUAUUAAAUGAGAAAGGAGAGAGUUCAGAGUACAAUCAAUAAAUAUUUAUGUAGUAUUUCUGAUUUGAAAUUAUGUGGAUAACAAUUUGUAUGUCCAGAAAAAAGCUUAAUCAGAGACAUUUUUGAACAGAGGAUCUUCAAAGUUUUGUUUGGAUAAUGAUCAGAAAUACGUUGCCUUGCACACUGACCAUCUUUAUUAUUUUAAAUGCUGAUUAGUUGAACAAUUUAAAUUAUGCAAUUUCUAACAGAUGUUACAUAUUUUAAUCUGCAUAAUGUAAAUUUUUUCUUAAUAUCUGAAACAUGCUUUCUCCUUUCAAGAUGGCCUAGAGGACUAUUGGGAGCAGCUCUCAUAUUUAAGAUCAACACUAAAGUGUAACAUUAAAGCAAAUCUUGUAAGUUAACUCAGUAUCUUAUUUAAAUUGAUAAAUUAAAUUCCCAUUCAUUCCACGGAUUACUUAUUGCUGCUCAAAUAGUUUAUUGUUCAUUAUACCAAACUGAAAUAUUUUUUUAUAUGUUUCUCUAUUUUGCUACUAUUAAAAACUAAUGCAGCUAGCAAUGGUUAUGUUAGCCGUAUGCCAAUGUUUUAACACUCAUGGCUUUUACAAAAUGCUGAAGAGUUUUAGGAUAGGGAUUUCUUAAACUAAAUUAAGAUGAUAUCUCCAGGUAAAAGAAAGUGACAUGGACCAUGUUGUGGCUGUCUCAUUUCUUGUCAGUGAUGAGAACAGUCUAAGUUUUAGCCAAGGUGAAAUACAUUUAUUUAUUAUAUUUAUUUAAUUAAAUGCAAACCUCAUUUAUUCAUUAUAUAAAACCAAUGUCCUGAAACUUAACAUUCUCAUUAUAAAUUGAUGUUUUGGCUGUAAAAUUAUCCUUAUAUGAUAUUCAGUAGAUAAGAUUAAGAUUGAUCAAAUAUUUUAAAUGUUACAAAAAAAAAACCCCUAUUUCAGAUGUGUACCUGCCUCAUAUGAAUAGAUCAGGUAAUAAGUAUUUUUUUGGUAAUCCCCCGUAUAUAAAUUAUGAUCACUGUGAGUUUAAUUAACAUCAACAAGAACAAAAAGUAAUUAGAUUAUAACUUAGGUCAGUUGUUGCAAAGCAAGAUUUGAUCUAAUAUUGAAUAACAAGAAUUUUCUUUUUGAAAUUUUAUAUUAUUUUUCUUAUGUAUUCCUGCAUUUAAAGAAAAUUCUAAAAGCACAUUGUUAACAUUAACCAUUUCAAUGUCAUUAAACAUAGUUAUUUUGGAAUGAAAUGACUUUAGUGAGUUUAGCCACUAAAAUAAUAUUUAUUUUAUAAUAUAUAUUUUGCAGUUGCUUAUGCUGUUUCUUAUAAGGUGAUCCCUAAAGUACCUUUACCAGUUUCUGUUGGUGCCAGGUAAGUUGUACAUUUGUAGGUAAAGAUUAUUUGGCACAUAAGAAAUAUUAGCAUUCCAAUUUUUUAUAUUAUGUAUAAGGAUUAUGGAACAUCUAACCUAAAAACACAUGAGGAUAUAUCAGCUGAUAAACUAAUGAUAGCUUUAAAAAAAUAUUUAAUUUAUAUUUUAUUUUAUUAGUUGAAUGUUUUCAAGUACUGUAGUGACUGUAAUUUUUUCAAAGUUUCCUUGUGAUUUGUUUAUAAUUGUGUAUUUACUGCAUCCCAGGGCUGUAUUUGGUUAUGAUAAAACAACUUAUGAAUGUGAGCUCAGCCCCAUUAAAUUUGACCCUGAAGACUUCCUGCUGCCAUUUCCAUGGCAAAAGUUCAACAUUCAAGACAAGCAGAUUUUUUUCAAAAAGCAUUGGGAAAACUUUUCCACUAAAUCCACUGAUAAAAAGUAGGUGCCAUUCUCUGCUUUUAUAACCCAACUCACUAUUUUAUUUUUUAAUUUAUAUCAACGCAUGAUUAAUUGCCUUAUUUCAUUUUGCUCCUAUCUUUCAUGAGCAUUUGCUUGUUAGAAGCUAUUUCAUUUAACCAGAAAUAGAAAUCAAAAUGUUGAUACAAAUAUUUUGAAGUUGUAGUCAUGGUUUGUGUCCUUACAAAUACAAAAUCAUGUUUCUCAAUUAUUGAACAUAUUUAAUCCACUUUUUUCAGCCAGGGAGUUGAGUCGGUUAAAAUCCUCAAGUGCUCUCGUCACUUUCUAAUGGAGACUUGGAGAAAUGCCCUGGUGUUCAGUGGUAAGUAUUUAUUUAAUUAUAUGUCAAUACAAGACAACAUAUAACUCCAUUCAGGAUCUUCCUUUAUAAUCUUUUAAUUUGUGAGUGUCUUAAAUCUAUUUUUGUUUUCCUUCCCUUGAAUUUGAAUAAAGCUGCCACCCUGCACUUGAGUGGUGAUGGCAACCACUGUAAUACUAGAGGACUCUUUACAACGCACUUAAUUCCUUCUACAAAACUAACUGAACUUUCAAUAUGCUAACUCUAUUCUGUGCUUCUCACAGGCCCAGAGUCUGGUGGGGAUGAUGAAUAUGGCUCUGACCGCUACAUUUUCUUUUUGCCACCUCGGUUUCACAUUUUGUUGAUGGUCAGGGACCGUACAACAGACACAGUGGUGGAGAUCACAUCUGAUUACUGGCCUGCCCUUGGCUAUUUGGAUGCUUAUCUAGAGAAACUAGCAAGUGCACCUUGAUACAGAACUCAAAGUUAUUUAUUGCUUUUUUACUUCUGGAGGAAUUCUGAAAUAUAUCUUCAUUAUUACAAAGCAUGUUAUUUACCUGCACAGUCCAGUCUCAGGGAACUCUAUAGACCCAUUCAUUGUUCAAUCAUUUGUGUUUCUCUCAGUUUAAAGACAGAAGAUAUAACAGAAAAAAAAAGCCAAUGGGCUUACACCUUUAUCUUGGUCAGGCUUCUUGUCAAUCAAAAGUAACAUUGCCAGUGAGCUACUUAAAGAUAAUAAUGAUAUUUUGUCCAGUUACGUCAAUCUUUGAACUCAUAAAUUGAUGAUAAAUGAUUGUUGAUGUCCGCGUAUCCAAAGCAGAGAUCAUGGAUGUCUUUAGGUUACAAUACUGAAACAUCUGUUAUAUUAAAUAUAUUUGUUUUAUCUAUCAAUGGAUAUUUCUGCAAAUCACAAGUAAGUUUAAUAUUUUGUAUCAAUGUUCUGUUUUUAAUGUGGUGAAUAAAAAAUUUAAACUUGCUAAUUUUUUUCCAGCACCAGGUCUUUCCUCUUGAAUGGCGUAGUUCUUUUUAUAUUUCAAAUUGAAAUAUUUUAAUUAUUUAAAAAGUGAUUCAUUGUUCACUUGCGUCCAGUUACCUCAAUCUUUGAAUUCAUAAAUUGAUGAUAAAUGAUUGUUGAUGUCAGCAUAUCCAAAGCAGAGAUCAUGGAUGUCUUAAGGUCACAAUAUUGAAACAUCUGUUAUAUUAAAUAUUUUUGUUUUAUCUAUCAAUGGAUAUUUCUGCAAAUCACAAGUAAGUUUAAUAUUUUGUAUCAAAGUUCUGUUUUUAAUGUGGUGAAUAAAAAAUUUAAACUUGCUAAUUUUUUUCCAGCACCAGGUCUUUCCUCUUGAAUGGUGUAGUUCUUUUUAUAUUUCAAAUUGAAAUAUUUUAAUUAUUUAAAUAGUGAUUCAUUGUUUACUUGCAAUAACUGAAAUGUCUUUCAAUUUGUGUAGUUUUUUAAAAUCUUGAUUCAUGUACUAGUAUUUAUUGUGAUCAUUAUGUUGUAAGUUCAUGUGGUGGUUAAAAUCAAACUUGCAGAAUUUAAAUAAAAGAAUGUUAAUCGUACACAAUGGCUGUGUGACCAAUGGUCAUGAUACCAGACAUAGAAAUGGACAUUAUAAAUAAAUACAGAAGCAUAACGCUGCACAAAAUCAUAUAUUUCUUUAAAACAUUCAGAAAGGUAAGAUUGCUAAUGUUUCGGAAAUAUACGAUUCAAGUAUCAGACAUUACAGUGUUCUAUGAGUUAUGCCUGGAAAUUUUUUUUUACACUGUCAAGAAACAUUUUUAUUAUUCUGUAACUAUAAAAUGACAUGGCUUUGAUGCCACAGCCUCGGGAAAUUUGUGACAAAU